GCUGUUCAAGAAGUGUUCUCGGAAGCUAAAACUAAAAGAAGAGCAAACUGGUAAAGGCUACGGUUUCUUCGAUUCGCAGAUCAAUCGACUGGGUUUUGAUUCUGUUGUGUAGACACUAAGGUUUUACAGAUCUAAGUCGCGGAAGAAGAAGAUGUUUCUCACUAGGACUGAGUAUGACAGAGGAGUCAACACUUUUUCUCCUGAAGGCAGGCUAUUCCAAGUCGAGUAUGCCAUUGAAGCUAUCAAGCUUGGUUCUACUGCAAUUGGAGUAAAGACAAAGGAGGGAGUUGUGCUUGCUGUCGAGAAGCGUAUCACGUCGCCUUUACUGGAGCCGAGCAGUGUGGAGAAGAUUAUGGAAAUCGAUGACCAUAUUGGUUGUGCCAUGAGUGGUUUAAUUGCUGAUGCGCGUACACUUGUUGAGCAUGCAAGAGUUGAGACUCAGAACCACAGAUUCUCGUAUGGGGAGCCAAUGACUGUGGAGUCCACAACACAAGCACUGUGUGAUCUGGCUUUACGAUUUGGUGAAGGAGAUGAAGAAUCAAUGUCUCGGCCCUUCGGAGUAUCUCUUCUCAUUGCUGGUCAUGAUGAAAACGGACCGAGCUUGUACUACACGGAUCCGUCAGGGACAUUCUGGCAGUGCAAUGCAAAGGCAAUUGGUUCAGGCUCAGAAGGAGCUGAUAGUUCCCUUCAAGAGCAAUUCAACAAAGAUCUGUCACUUCAGGAAGCUGAGACGAUCGCUGUAUCGAUCCUGAAGCAAGUUAUGGAAGAAAAGGUGACUCCAAAUAAUGUGGACAUUGCGAAGGUAGCACCAGCUUAUCAUCUCUACACUCCACAAGAAGUCGAAGCAGUCAUUAGUCGUCUAUGAGGAAGAUUCUGUAAUCGGGUAAUGUAUCCAUCCGACGUGUGUCUACUUUGGAUUUUGAAGCCAAGAGACUUUUCUUUCACUUUGUCUGUUGGAUUGAUGGAUCAUGUCACAUUUUACUCUGUUGUGUAAGAGAAUCUUUCGUCUCCCAUGUCAUUCAAUAACCUCUCGGAUUUUAUGACUCAGAAAUUUCCCUUCUUAUCA